AUGUCCUCAGCACGUGGUCGCGGCGGCAAGUUCAACAAGGUCAAGCGCGGAGGCGGCAAGAAGUUUUCACGCGACUUGCAACCGCUAAAUGCAGAUGGCGAGGUAGUCGGCAUGUGGGGUGAGCAACCCGACAAGGUUGACGAAGAAUCUUCCGGUGAAGAGGAAUCAUCAGAGGAGGAGUCUAGCGAGGACGAGGAGGGCAAGCCCGCACAAGAAGAGUUGACACGUGAACAGCGCCGUGAACUUGCAAAGAAGCGCAAGCAGGCCGCGAUAGCGAAGAAGUCGCAAAAGGCACCCGAGGCAGGUGACAUGCCCACCGACUCUGAGGAGGAGGAGGACGAUGAUAUGCCCGCAAACCCAAAUCACACCGCCAAGGCCCGCACACAAGCUACCAAAGCACCCGUUGAGGCAGAGGACGACUCCGCAGCCAAGGGCAAGGGCAAGCAAAAGGACCUUUCGCAGCUAUCCCGUCGUGAGCGCGAGGCUCUUCAAGCGCAAGCCAACAAGGAUCGAUAUGACAAGCUACACGCCGAAGGCAAGACCGAUCAGGCGCGUGCUGAUCUCGAGCGCCUAAAGCUGGUUCGCGAGCGUAGGGAGGCUGAGGCUGCGCGAAAGAAGGCCGAGGCUGAGGAACGUGCUGAGCUUGAAAAAGAGAAGAAGGAGCUCAUGGAGCGUGAAGCCAGGAGACGGGAGCAAGCCAUGGGCAAAGCGAACCGCCUUGCCAAGGGCGGAAAGAAGAAGGCCUAA